CUUUAAAAUUAGACAUAUUUAUAAUAAUUAAUUGGAAAAGGUAAUGGCCGAACCCCCUGAGGAAGCUCAGAUAAAGAUCAACCAUAACCAGGAUGAUUUCUUAGAAGGAGAAAACUAUGUCCUUACUAUGAAAGAUACAGAUAUUCUUAAGGAUGGAGAUAUAAACGAGGAUGAAGAAGAGCUCGUCAAUGCCAAUAUUGAUGAUAACCAUCGUCACAAGAUCUACCUCAAAAACAAAGCUAAGGUUAAAGGCGGAAAGCACGGCCUUUAUAAUGGGAAUGAUUUUGACCAGCAUGGUGAGCUCAAAAAGCGAGGAAUCCUUGACAAAUAUGAUCUUGAAGAAGAGGAAAGGGAAGGAAUGCUGCUUAAUCUAAAAAAUAAUAAAAUCAACAAAAAGGGCAGACUUACUACAGAUGCUGCGAACAUUCAAGGAGCUGAAAAGACCUCCAUGGUCACCAAGAAAGUCUUCAACUCUGAUUUUUUGAUAGAAGAGGAACCAAUUCAGCUUGGAAGAAACAAAAAGUUCAAGAAAGCAAAGAAAAGAAAUCUGAAAAAGAAAAAGAAGCUACUUGAAAACAUGGAAGAACUCCUUGCUGAAGAAGUCGAGGGAGAGGAUCAUCUUAAAACCAGAGAGGAGCGAAUUCAGAACUUGAAAGCCAAAGAGAUCGAGCACCAGGCUGAAGAAAACCAGAAGAGGGAGAAUUACCAAAAAGCUGUCUUGAAGGCAAAUCUUAAAACAAGCAAGCUACUCAAUGAAGACUUUGAAGAAGAUGAUGAUUACCUCCUGUUGGAAAAGAGUAAUGCUAAUAAGAGAAGACUUAUCGAAAAGAAAGAAAAAGAUGUCACUCAGAACUUCUCUCAAUCCUGAAUGAGUACGAGGAGGAAGAAGAAGUCAAAAAGAAAGAUGAAGAUAAAAGAUAAGAAGAAUGCUAAAGAGAUCAAAGAUCUCACGGAUCUAACCAAGAGUAGCAUCCAGACAGAGAAGGAUAGGCAGGAUCUAGCACAAAUCUUGACCUCUUCAAUUAAUGAGAGCUUUGCCAACACUAAAAGUGGGAUGACUAGUGUUGUCAAUGUAGCUCUUCCAAGUCAGAGGCUGCAGUCACAGGUACAAGGACUCCAAUCUGUUGUGCAAUCUAGGGAAUAUAUCGAAAGAAAAGAGCUAGAGGAAGAGAAAAUAAGGGAUGAAAUUAAGAACAAAGAAAUCACUAAAGAAGAUGAAGAAAAAGCAGAGAUACUGGAAGAGCCUAUUGUUGGCAAAGGUGUCGCUAAUGUCAUGAAAAUUUUUAGAAUGAGAAACAUGUUCAACCAGAAAGCAGACCUUGUGGGAAGGAUGAAGGAUAAUAAAGCAGGGGGAGAGUUUGAUGCUGAAAGAGAGGAAGAAGAUGACAUCAUGAUUCAUAGAACUGAUAAGUAUGGUAACCCCAUGUCAAGAAAAGAAGCAUACAGAGAGUUCUCAUAUGCUUACCAUGGAAUGAAGCCUAGUCAGUCUAAAAGAGAGAAGAUGAGGAAAAGACUUGAGAAAGCUCAGAAAGCUUCCAACCUUAUCUCAGGUGAUAAAUCUUUUUACAUGAAAGCAUUGAAGAAUGAACAGAAGCGGAAGAAGAAAGCAUUUAUGGUGAUUGAUACAAAGCCUAAAGCUAGGAUUCAAUUGUAAUUCAACUUUUACCAUAAUUUAU